AUGGUAAGCUCAAUUGGUAUCUCUAAUUUACCUAACCAAAGAUUUAAAGUGAUAAGCGAAAAAGGUGGUACCUUUACUUUGAUGGUAUGUGGUGAAAGUGGGUUGGGUAAAACUACUUUUAUCAACACCUUGUUUCAAACCACUUUAAAGCCGGUUGAUCUUCAACAACAGAAACGUCGUCAGUUACCAAUUAAAAGAACCGUUGAAAUUGAUAUCACCAGGGCUAUCUUAGAAGAAAAAAAUUUUCAGCUACGUGUUAACAUCAUUGACACGCCAGGGUUUGGAGAUAAUGUGAACAACAAGCGUGCAUGGCAACCAUUAAUCGAUUUUAUUGAUGAUCAACACGAUUCCUUUAUGCGUCAAGAACAACAACCUUAUCGUGAUGUGAAAUUCGACCUAAGGGUCCACGCUGUUUUAUAUUUUAUUAAACCUACUGGCCAUGGUUUGAAACCUUUAGAUAUUGAAACGAUGAAAAGAAUUUCAACAAGAGCUAAUUUGAUUCCAGUUAUAGCUAAAGCUGAUACUUUGACACAGCAUGAAUUACAGAUCUUUAAAUCUAGAAUCAGACAAGUCAUUGAAGCUCAAGAGAUUAGAAUCUUUACACCACCUAUUGAUUCAACAUCCUUUGUUUCAAAUGACCCUAAUAAAGAUUCUACGGAAUCAGAUAAUAAUGACAAUAAUGGUAUAUCUCAAAUAUUAAAUCAGGAUGCUGCGGCUAUUGAACAUGCAAGACAGUUGAUUGAAUCCAUGCCAUUUGCUAUCAUUGGAUCUGAAAACAAAUAUGAUGAUGGUAAUGGUAAUUUAGUCUCUGGUAGAAAAUAUCCAUGGGGUUUAGUAGAAGUAGAAAAUGAUACUCAUUGUGAUUUCCGUAAAUUGAGAAGUCUUUUAUUAAGAACAUAUCUUUUAGAUCUGAUCUUAACAACGGAAGAAAUACAUUACGAAACUUAUAGAAGAUUAAGGUUAGAGGGAAGCAGCAGUAGUGGUGACAAUAAUGCAAAUGGUGAAGACGAUGGAUCAUCAUCGGCCAUGCCUGUUAAACCGCCAGCAAGAAAGUUGUUUCAUAAUCCCAAAUUUAAAGAAGAAGAAAACGCAUUAAAGAAAUAUUUCACUGAUCAAGUUAAAGCAGAAGAGCAAAGAUUUAGGCAAUGGGAACAAAAUAUUGUGAAUGAAAGGGUAAGAUUAAACGGUGAUUUAGAAGAUAUUCAAAAUAAAGUUAAAAAGUUGGAAGAACAAGUUAGAGCUUUGCAAUUGAAAAAACGUUAA